AUGGCAGAAAAAAGGCGGAGCUCACGCUUUCGGCUCCCCACCUGGCUACAAUCAAAACCAACAUCGGCUGAAAGACCAACUAGGCGUCCAGGGGUGGCUCCGCCACUAGCCCCUCCUUCUCCACCAGGUCAAACAUCACCUGAGGCUCAACCAUCUCCACCAUCAACUGAACGCACUCGAUCCAGAGUGACUCCUAAACCAGUGUCACCACCAUCUCGUGAAUCAGCCCAACCCCAAGAUGCAUCUCCACCAUCAACUGAACGCACUCGAUCCAGAGUGACUCCUAAACCAGUGUCACCACCAUCUCGUGCAUCAGCCCAACCCCAAGAUGCAUCGCAAGACACGUCACCAUCCCGUGAGGCAGCAGAAUCCCAAUCUGCCGCUCAACCUCCUUCACCGUCUCGUGCACCCCCUCAACUCCAGGCUGAGACUCAACAACCAUCACAAGCGGACCCACAAACUCAAUCCCCACCACCCAACUUGGCCUCUCAGCCUUCAGUCCAAACAUCUUCACUGCCACCACCUUCUCCAUCUCUCACAGCCACUAAAGCACAAUCAUCACCAGGAGAAGCAGUCACCCAGCCCCCUCUUCCAUCAGAAAAUUUACAACCCAUGACUCGCCCAUUACCCUUUCCACCUUCCACUGAGCCCAUCUCAUCUGUGUCUGAACAAGAACCAAAGCCAGCUAGGUCUGAACCACAAUCACAAGAGCUGCAGCCGAAGGCAGAAACAGCAUCUGAGAAUGUUCUAAAUGUUCAGAACCAAACACAGAGCCAAAUGACCUUUCAGCCCAACGAAAUGCCAGCAGAACAUUCGGAAGCAUCAGUGCGUGUAACAGAACCACCACAAACAUCCACAACAGCUGAGGAUCUCCCUGUCCUCACCCAGAAAUCAGAUUCUUCUAGUGUGAGUUCUGAAACUAAGUCCCUUCCAGAAUCAGAUGGACAUCCAGGACAAGAUAUAGAAGGAAAGGAAAUACUGCAGAAAGACGGAAGCAAAGAGAAGAUCACUGGUGUCACUGAGAUUCUCAGUGCAGCAUCGCGAUCAGAAGUAGCAACCCAACAAAAGCAGCUGGAGAAAGAAGAGAUUAUCGGCAAAAAGGAGACACCAUCAAACUCCAGCUCCCAUGGAAAAGAGGACCAAACUGUGAUUUUAAAUUUGAGGGACAAAGCCACAGUGAGUGAAUCUUGCCAUGAGCCCAACAUAUCAAACGGGGAAAAAGCCCCACUGCAGAAAGAGAUUAGGGACGACAUUUCCAAGUUCCUUCAUGGGAUGGCUACACAUCAACAAAAGCUUCCAUUGGGUGAGAGGCCAGCUGUUGUUGUAACCCUAGCUGGUGAAAACAGAGGAGCAUCAAUGCAACUAGGUUCAGAGUCGGCGAAAAGAGAAGAGACAGUCCACAUCCACCGAGGCUAUAAGAUCAACCCAGACGAAAGCAGCACUGAUGAAGAGAUGAUCUCCGAGGGAAGGAGGUCACAAGAUUCAAAAACUGGAGAAGACGAGGAAUCAAAGGCAUACAUAAACAGCAAUGUGCAGGGUAUCAACAACUCCAUUAUGUUUAACUGUUCAAUUAAAGAAAGGGAUCCUGGCGUACAACUGGCUCUUACCCACGACCUGACAGAACCUUUCAAGCCAAAUAGCAAUAGAAGUAUGGAGUCCCCUGAGACUCGUAAUGCUGGAGUCAUUGUUACAACUGCGCACAAGCUCACUUAUGAGCCCACAGUUAGAAGAAGAUGCCUGAGAGGACUUUUCUUGGAACCAAGCGACUCGGACCCAAAUAACCCUGAAAAGCCAAGGCGUCAUGGUUGCCGAUACGCCUGCAAGGGGAAGAGCAAAGAUAAUGAGACAGAUGUCCUCUAACCAAUUAGAUUGCAUUAAUAAUUGCAUUUUAAUCGCCGGAUGUAAGUGUUUGUGUACAUAUUGUGGAACAAUGUUUAUAAUAAAUUCAUAAUAAGGAUGCUACAUCAUCCACAUUAUAGUCUA